UUGUGGCGGCGAGGAACAGGAAGCCCCGAAGGGUCAAAAGGAAUACAAAAGCGAAGUCUGCUUGCUCCCCUUAAGCUGUAGUUCUUCCUUUCUUCCCUGUUUUUCUUUUUUUUCUUCCAAGAGCGAGUGGCCUCGGCGGCGGCGGUUCGCCUUAGCAGCCGCGGAGGGGAGGGAGGCCCGCCUCCCGCGCUCGGGUAGACUUGUCACCUCCCUGCUGCGCAGACCUGACUUUACUUCUAAGGCUUCCUGAGUACCCGAGAGUCUCCAUUAGAAUCUGCCGUGGAAGCAAGAACAGACUAUUCCAUUAUGGAUGGAGGGGAUGAUGGUAACCUUGUCAUCAAAAAGAGGUUUGUGUCUGAGGCAGAACUAGAUGAGCGGCGCAAAAGGAGACAAGAAGAAUGGGAUAAAGUCCGAAAACCAGAAGACCCAGAAGAAUGUCCAGAGGAGGCUUAUGACCCCCGGUCUCUGUACGAGCGGCUGCAGGAGCAGAAAGACAGGAAGCAGCAGGAGUAUGAGGAGCAGUUCAAAUUCAAAAACAUGGUAAGAGGUUUAGACGAAGAUGAGACCAACUUCCUUGAUGAGGUUUCUCGGCAGCAGGAACUGAUAGAAAAGCAGCGACGAGAAGAAGAGCUAGAGGAACUGAAGGAGUACAGAAGUAAUCUCAACAAGGUUGGAAUUUCUGCAGAAAAUAAGGAAGUAGAGAAGAAGCUGUCUGUGAAACCCAUAGAAACCAAGAACAAGUUCUCCCAGGCAAAGCUGUUGGCAGGAGCUGUGAAGCAUAAGAGCUCAGAGAGUAGCAAUAGUGUGAAGAGACUGAAACCAGACCCUGGCCCAGAUGACAAGGCUCAAGAGGCCCCGUCCUGCAUGUCUCGUGGAAGCCCUUCUCUGAGCGGACCCUCCAUCCACUGCCCACCUGCUGCUGUCUGCAUAGGCAUCCUCCCUGGCUUGGGUGCCUACUCUGGGAGCAGUGACUCCGAGUCCAGCUCAGAUAGUGAAGGCACCAUCAAUGCUACUGGGAAGAUUGUCUCCUCCAUCUUCCGAACCAAUACCUUCCUCGAAGCACCAUAGCUCAUGACAUUACCAUAGGGAGCAUCUCCCUUAGAGGGUUAGAUGUCAGUUCUGCCUCGGCAUCACCUCCCUCAAAAAACUUCUUUACCUGCUUCCUGUGCACAUGUGACAUUUUAACGUAACCCAGAAACGAGCCACAGUCUACUUGUGGAUCCAACCUUGCUUGAUUUAUAUACUCCAGUACAGAUGACCAAACCUGUCCCGUUGAUAUGAGGUUGGGGUUCAGGCAAGCCUCUGAAAUGCCACUGACAGUGCAAGGACAGGCACCAGAUGGCUUACAAAGGUUCCCUGUACCUUAUUGCUUGCUUGUUUUUCUCCUCUCCUAGCAGCACAGGAAGCAAGGGCAGACAUCUUGAUAUUCUAUUGUAGAUGAGUGGCCUGCUUGGUUCUACCAUGUUGCGUGUGGACAUAGAGAAAGGGGAUGAUGAGCUGAUGACAUGGAGCUCUUCCCAAAAACUAUCCUUCCUGGAAGUUGUGUGGCUAAGUAAAGAUUACGAACCACACCCACAAGGCUGUGAGCCAACAGAGGUAACACUCUUCCAUGUUGUUGUUCUCCCCUCUCCAUCCAGCCUGAGGAGGUAGGCAGGAGUGGAUAAUAAGGAAAUGUCCCUCUUCUGCCCACCUUCUCUCCCUGAAAAAAUGUUUUGAUUUUGUUUUUGAAAUAAAAGAUUUAGUUUAAGAUUCUGAA